AUGGCCCCCACAAUCCACCUCGUCCGCCACGCCCAGGGCUUCCACAACCUCUCCCGGGCCGCCGAGCAGAUCCACGACCCGGAUCUGACUCCCCUUGGCGAGCAGCAGUGCGCUGACUUGCGCGCCGCCUUCCCGCAUCAUGCCAAGGUGACCAAGCUGCUGGCCUCCCCCAUGCGUCGUACUGUCUACACUUGCCUCAAGGCAUUUGGCAACGACGCCCUGCUACCCAUCACCGCGCUGCCCGAGUUCCAGGAGAUCUCGCACACGCCUUGUGACAUCGGCACGGCCGUCCCCAAGGUCUCGGCCGAGUUCGCCGGCAAGGCUGACUACUCCCACGUUGAGGAGACGUGGAUUGAGAAGGGUGUUGACAGCCCGUAUGAGCCCACGAUGGAGAAGCUGGUGGCUCGCGCCAAGUUGGCCCGCCACACGUUGAGGGAUGCUGCCGGCAACGGUGAUGAGCACAUCCUUGUCGUCACUCACGGCGGAUUCUUGCAUUUUUUAACCGAGGACUGGCAGGGUGUUGAUCCUGACCAUGCUACUGGCUGGCUGAACUGCGAGUACCGCUCAUAUCAGUUUGUCGACCCCACAGGCAAGGACGAGGACGCUGCCCUCCGUGAAACCAGCGAGAGCUGGUGCCGUCGACAUGGCAACUCGAUCCCGCUGACGGUGACGGAGCAACGUGAGUUGCGUCCGCUCAUGAUUGAGAAGAUGGGUGACUACCUCCACUUGAUCAAUGUAAAGAACUAG